AUGGUCAGGCCAGCCCCACAUAUGGACGAGGUGAAUGCGAGGGACGAGGCAUCGGACGAGGAUGACUCUUUGAUCAACCCAGAACCACCAGCGGAGCUGCGGAACCUAACAUACAUGGAUAUGGGUACAAAUGAAAUCUGUGCAGCUGAUUACAUUGAGAUAUUUGAUGGACCGUCGACACUUUUUAGGUCAUUUGGGAAAAUGUGUACAGCCCGGCAAAUACUGACAUUAUCAACAACAAACUUCAUGCAUGUGGAAUUUAAGACAUCAGGAAAUGCCACAUUUCUAGCUACCUAUAAAAUUUUAGAUACAAACAUCACGCUAACCGAGCCUCAGGGUUUCAUCUCUAGCCCUGGUUAUCCACUGGGUUUCCUAAAGAACAAGUUUUACACCUGGACUAUACAAGGCCAGCCUGAUACGUUCAUCAUUCUUAAUUUAAUUGAUUCCAACUUAGACGUCUGGAGUUGUUACUAUAACUCCCUUAAUAUAUACGAUGGACCUACAGCUAAUUCGUCAUGUUUGGAUUCCUGCUUGAUGUCACCUCGGCUGAUUGUUUCAACCAGUAACUACUUACACAUUGUGUUCUACAGUACUAACUCUAUAAACUUUAGAGGCUUUUAUGGAAAGUACGAGAUCAGAGAUUUAAAUAAAGUCUUAAAUGCCACAACUGGAACGAUAACCAAUGCAGGAAAUACUUCGAAAUCUUCUGCAACCAACAAUACAUGGACUAUUCGAGGACCCAGAGGAACCAUUAUUGCUUUCAACCUAACAUACAUGGAUAUGGGUACAAAUAAAAUCUGUGCAGCUGAUUACAUUGAGAUAUUUGAUGGACCAUGGACACUCAGCAGGUCAUUUGGGAAAAUGUGUACAGCACGGCAAAUUCUGACAUUGUCAACAACAAACGUCAUGCUUGUGGAAUUUAAGACAUCAGGAAAUGCGACAUUUCUAGCUACCUAUAAAAUUUUAGAUACAAACAUCACGCUAACCGAGCCUCAGGGUUUCAUCUCUAGUCCUGGAUAUCCACUGGGUUUCCUAAAGAACAAGUUUUACACCUGGACUAUACAAGGCAAGCCUGAUACGUUCAUCAUUCUUAAUUUAAUUGAUUCCAACUUAGACGUCUUGAGUUGUUUCUAUAACUCCCUUAAUAUAUACGAUGGACCUACAGCUAAUUCGUCAUGUUUGGAUUCCUGCUUGAUGUCACCUCGGCUGAUUGUUUCAACCAGUAACUACUUACACAUUGUGUUCUACAGUACUAACUCUAUAAACUUUAGAGGCUUUUAUGGAAACUACGAGAUCAGAGAUUUAAAUGAAGUCUUAAAUGUCACAACUGGAACGAUAACCAACACAGGAAAUACUUCGAGUUCUUCUGCAACCAACAGUACAUGGACUAUUCGAGGACCCACUGGAACCAUUAUAGCUUUCAAGUAA